AUGACAUUAUGGUUAAAAUCAAUAUUUGAACAAGAUUUAGCAUAUUUAAUGAGUAUUAAAGAUGUUUCAAAAAGUAUUGGAAAAUUAUAUGUAAUUGUUGAAAGUAGAACACUUUCAUAUAAACAUUUAUUAAGAUUAUAUGGAAGAAUGAAUUUACUUUUAUCUCAAAUUGAUAAAAAACAACAAUUAAAACAAGAUCAAAGAGGUGGUACUUAUAAUGAAUCUUCUGAUGAAGAACAAGAAGAAAAAAAAGAAAAUCUUGAAGAUUUUGAUAAUUCAAUUGAUAUGGAUGAUAAUUUAUAUAAUCCAUCAUCAACUAAUGAAGAUGGAAAUGAAAUGAGUGAAGAAGAAAUUGAAAAUGAUGAUUUGUCUCUCUAA